AUGGGCUACAAUGGUCCUGCUUACACCUGGACUAACAAGAGGACAGGUAACAAUGUCAUCUAUGAGAGAUUAGAUAGGUGUCUGGCUAAUGUUGAAUGGUGCUCUAAAUUUCCUUACACCACUGUUUAUCAUCUUCCCCUUAUUUAUGGUGAUCAUGCUCCUAUCUUGAUCCUUCUCAAUCCUACUCAUAGAAAGCCAAAAAAAUCUUUCAAAUUUGAAAAUUGGUGGCUGUCUGAAAAUGAUUUUCAUGAUUUGGCAAAAAACAGCUGGAACUCUAUUGUUAAUGGCUCCUUUGUUGCUAAAGCUAAGAAUCUAGGGCAGAAUCUUCUAACAUGGUGCAGGAAAAAGAAGCCUCUUCAAGACCAGAUUGCCAGUACUGAACAGGAGAUUCUUGAUAUUCAGUCUUCUAACAACAGACAAGAUCAGCAAGAAAAAGAAAAAGAACUAAUAACCAAGCAUGACUCCCUUCUGCACAAGCUUUCAGAUUAUCACAAGCAAAGAGCCAAAAAGCACUGGGUCAAAGAUGGAGACAGGAACACUUCCUUCUUCCAUCAAGCUGCUAUCAAAAGAAGAAGGAAAAAUAGAAUCUCUUCCAUCAUAUCAAAUGAUCAGCUUAUCACUAAUCCUGAUGAGAUUGCAAAUGUUUUCAUUGAUUAUUUUUCUAACCUCUUUUGUACAGAUAGAAACAACAGGUCUACCUCUUAUUUUCCUGGAAAUGAUGAUCCAGCCCAAGUUGACUGGCAAUGCCCAGAUGAACAGGAAGUUUUGCAGAUCAUCAGAAAGGAGUUAGACAAGGUUGCCCCCCUUUCUCCUUAUCUUUUUGUGCUGGCUCUUAAUGAACUUUCUGAGCAGUUGAAUGAAGCCCUUCUUAAUAAUCAGCUUAAAGGUACCAGUCUAAGUCCUCAAGGACCUGCUAUUCACUCUCUUCUUUAUGCAGAUGACCUGAUUAUCACAGGUGAAGCCACAGAGAUUGAAGCAAGAAUAAUCAAAGAGAUCAUUGAUAUUUUCUGCAACAGAUCUGGCCAAACUCCUAACUGGAACAAAUCCUUCAUCCUCUUCAGUAAACACACUCCUCAUCAUAUUAAAGAGUUCAUCACUAGAAUCUUUCAUGUUGCUCCAGUGGAUGCUAAUACAAAACACCUGGGCCAUCCUCUUUUUGUAACCAACAGAACCAAAGCCUUUGUCUAUCAAUUCAUUGUUGAUAAGUUCAGAACUAAGCUUACUAUCCUUAAAGCCAAUAAACUUUCCCAUGCAGGCAGACUCACCUUGAUCAAAUCUGUUUUUGCCUCGCUUCCUAUUUACUACAUGGCCACCACUCUUCUGCCCAAAAAGCUCACUUCCAAAUUAACUUCCAUCAUUAGAACCUUUUGGUGGACAGGGGUGAAGGAAGGCCAAGACAAGAAACCUCUUUGUUCAAAAUCUUGGUCUGACAUUUGCAAGCCGACUCAGGAAGGUUGGUUGGGAAUUAGAGACAUCCAUUUGGUUAACAAAGGCCUUAUCCUGAAUGCUACCUGGAGACUGGUCACUAAGCCGGAAGAGCAGGUAUCUCAGGUUUUGAAAGGUAAGUAUUUCCCAAGUACAUCUUUUUGGAAGGCUUCCAGUAAUUCUUCUAAAUCUGUGUUUUGGAGCUCAAUUCUGUGUUUUAGGAAAACUCUGAGGGAAGCUGUGACUUGGCAACUAGCAGAUGGCAACAUUUCAAUUUGGAGCCAGCCUUGGUGUGAUCUAAAUAAUGAUAUUCAUGACUAUAUCAAGUUAGAUUCUUUGCAGGUUCCUUUGCCCAACACUGUUGCUGAGCUGUGGACUGUAGGAAAAGCCUGGGAUGUUAAAAAACUGAACACUAUUUUUUAUCAACAGGCAGUUAACAAAAUUUUGCAGGUUCCAAUCGUUCAAGGUGAGGGGGAGGACAAACUCUGCUGGAAGUUCACCCCAAAUGGUGAAUGCAAUUCCAAAAGUGCCUACAAGGAAAUCAGGAAAAAAGAGGCUAAUUAUGGAACUCAGGUAAGUAGUCAAGACAAAGCCAUCUUGAAACAAAUUUGGAAAGAUAAAUGCAUUCCUCCGAAAAUCAAGGUUUUUGCUUGGAGAUUACUUCUGGGUGCUUUACCCACUGCUCAAAGAUUGCAUUCUAGGGUCAAUGAUAUUACUCCUAACUGUUGCAGAUGUGGUUCGAUUGAAAAUGAUUUCCACCUCUUCUUUGAUUGUCCUUUCAGUAAAAUAACCUGGAUGAUCUCUGAUGUUAAUUUACGCCCUAACCUUUUUCCUGAUAAUGUCUCUAUGGCUCACAUCAUUGCUUAUAUUACCAGUAAUUGUUCUACCAAAGCCACCUUAAAUAGGAUUUUCAAUAUUUUAUGGCAACUUUGGAAAGCUAGAAAUGAUCUUAAGUUUCAGGGAAAGAUGCAGGAGCCAACCCAAGUCUGUUAUGCUGCUGAAGCUAUGAUUACAUCUUAUUCUGCUUGUAUGGAACAGACUCAAAUGCAGGUUAAUGUUCAGGCAUCAACGUCAAUGGAGAGGAAAAUGGAAAGAAUUCCUGAAGGGAACAGAUGUUAUGUGGAUGCAUCUUGGGAUGACUAUAAAACCGGUAUUGGGAUUUUCUUCCACUUCCCUGCCACGCAUAAUGCUCUUUUUGUUAAAGCCAAUAGCUGCAUGGCUGAUUCCCCUCUUCAAGCAGAAUUGCUUGCCUUGCAGUUAGCUUUGGAAAUUGCUUUGUUGUUGAACUUUACAGAUACGAUCUUCCUCACCGACUGCUCGAUGGUGGCGGACACGACAAAGAAGAGAAGUUUUCAGGAGGACCCUGGAUACUGGAGUCUCUUACCUUUUUGGAGUCAAAUUCAGACCUUGCCGGAUCAUCUUCUUAGAGUUUACUGGAUCCCGAGAACUCUCAAUAAAACAGCUGAUAAACUUGCUAAGGAGGCUAGAGAAAACUUCUCUUCUCCUGUUUUUAGCUGUCAAAACAUCUCUCAUAUUGCUUAUCCAUUGAGAUCAUGUUUUGCUUCUGUUCUGAACUCCAACACAAGGUUGAUAUGA